AUGUGCAAGAUAGAUUGCAGCGCUCAAAGGGACAUUGCUGUGAUCAGGGGCACUGGGCUGCGCAAUUUGAGCCAGAAGAAGGACAUGAGCGCAAAGAUUGGGAGCUUCCAGUCCUUGAGCUUCUACUCUUGGGCUUCAUCUGCAACCAAAAAGAUGUUGGGGGAUAAGACACAAUGCGCAAUAGUUGCUCAAUCCAGCAACAAAGAUGGCAUUGUUGUUGUCAUCUGGUUUCAAUGCUGCCUGAAGAUUGCAAAGUGUCAUCAGAUCAGGAUGGCAAGCAUCAACUUGAAGUACUUGCAACUGAUCUGUGUUGUGGACAGCAAAGCUGCAGCCAAAGGCCCAAUCAGGAGACCGAAAAGUGGAGAGGGAUUUGCCACCAAGCUCAGUGAGCAGAUACUUGUUCGUGUUGGCAGCUACCCAGCCUUGACCUCCGGCAUCAUAGCAUAUAUGGUUGCUGCUAAAGGGUCACCAGUUCCAGCUUCCAUCUACGCGCGCUCUCUUGAGCUACCUGCUGCUUGUAACUGGCAAGCAUUCUCACACAUUCCUCAGAUUUUAGUGGCCCACUCUCCGUCAAAACUGAGACAAUUGUCUGCCUGCUACUUGGCAUACACGGUGCGCAGCUCAGAAGGCGUCCCUAUUCUAUCAUUCGACCUUUCAGACAAGUGCUUCAUCAUCAACCACAACCAUGAAGAUGGGGUCAAGCCCACUUGCCCAAAAACUUGUCGCGCAGUGGCCAAAGCGUUUAUGCUCAACGUGAGGCGGCCGUACCUUGGGCUGCACCACUUUACCAGCAAGCGCAACGUGUUGAGGAGCAGACAAGCUCCUUGUCAACUGUUGGAACACCUCAACCUUGUAGGGUCUUGA